UCUGGACCCUCUUGCAUGCCGUCCUUUCCCGGCGGGCUCCGCGCGGCUGCUUCCGGAAGUGGGCUUUGCCUCCUUGGAAGCGAAACGUUUGUUCUGACCGUUGUGGGAGCUAGGACUCGGAAGGGUAACGGGGAAGGCCUGGUACCCCGAUGGCCGACAGUCAGGACAUGUUCGACGCCAUUGUGAUGGCGGAUGAGAGGUUCCAUGGGGAAGGGUACCAGGAAGGCUAUGAAGAAGGCAGUAGUUUGGGUAUAAUUGAAGGAAGACAAUAUGGUACCUUACAUGGAGCCAAAAUUGGAUCUGAGAUUGGGUGCUAUCAAGGUUUUGCUCUCGUGUGGAAGUGCCUCCUAUGCAGUUGUGCCAGUGAGAAAGACAGCAGGAAGAUGAAGGUCUUGGAAUCAUUGAUUGAAAUGAUUCAGAAGUUCCCCUAUGAUGACCCUACCUACAAUAAACUCCAUGAAGAUUUAGACAAAAUUAGAGGGAAAUUUAAACAGUUUUGUUCACUACUCAAUGUUCAGCCGGACUUUAAAAUUAGUGUGGAAGGUCCUGGACUUUCAUUCUGAGGAUGACAGAUGAACAAAGAGGAAACAUCAGGGAACAGAUGUCUGCAUGUUAAAUGUUCAAAAAUGUCAUUAAAGGCAAAACAAUGGCGGGGUAUUCAUUGUUCCGGAGGGAGGGUCCCUGUUUGGCCUCCUUCCCCGAGGUUUUCUGCUUGGGUUGCUCCAGUGCUCUGGGCCCUGUCUGCUGUGCUGUCUGAGUGAGCCCUGCAGAUCCCUCGAGAGCCUGCUCGAUCCUUGCUGUUCCAAAGUUGGUGACUUCACUGAUCCUUCGGCUGAGCAGGCCUGCUAGGUGCUGCCCUGAGUAGGAUUACCCCAGG